CGUCAGUAGCUUCAGUCUAGCCUACCAUACAACUCCCAGCUGCAGCUUUCCAUUAAAAUUCAAGAUGCACUUUGACCUUAAUUUCCCGGUCACUGCAUCUGGAUCCAUUUCUCAAUCAAAGAAGAAUAAAAACAAACAACCCCAGCAAUCCUCGUCGACAGCUUUCACUCCUGCUCAGAUAAAGGGAAUUGAAGCUCGUCUGGACCUUCUUGAACAUUUAGGAUACGCUGUGAUUGCGUUUAAUCAAUCGGUGAACAAGAAAAUCGACCCAAAAACUCAUGUCAACAUUCUGGAUGAACUUUUUAAGCAGUUGAAAGCGAGGCCAGGGACGGUAUUCUUGAAGCGACUUACAAUUGUUCUCGAUAAUGACAGUGAGAAAGGCUUUGGUUUGACGAACGCAAAUGUCUCACUUGUUGAGCCCUACGAUGUAAUUGCUCUCCUGCCUACGACCUCCGCGACAUUUUCACUUGCUUGCCUCACGCACAGCCUUCCUUCGCCCCUCACUGCACACAUCAUUGCUCUUCCUUUAACGCUCCCCCGACUGCCCUUCCAGUUGAAGCACACGUUGGUCAGAACUGCCAUAAAGAACGGUGCGGUGUUCGAAAUCAACUACGCAGGAGCCAUUGGCGGUGAAAGUGACGCCAGUCUAUCAACUUUUGGUGUCAGUGAUACUGGUGUAAGUGGAAAACGGAAUUGGUGGGCUGCUGCACGAGAAGUCGUGCGGGUGACAAAGGGCAAAGGCAUUGUUGUGAGUGGUGGAGUUGCCUCUGAGGCAGACUAUAGAGGACCCAAGGAUAUAGCAAAUUUGCUCACACUGCUGGACCUGGCACAAAAUUUGGCUCACGAUGCAUCAGUUGCUGUGCCCAAAUCACUCAUCUUGCGUGCACAGGCGCGCAAAACCUAUCGAGCCGUCCUAUCAGAACCCAGGUUGGUGGUUCCAAAAGCUACUCAGGUGGUGCCUCCCACCCAGCAGACCGGAGAUGGCGAGAACACACGUGACAACGUGAAUAUCUCACAAACAUCGAGUCAAUCAUCCCCGAAUCCUGCUCUGACACUGUCUCAACCAGCGGGAAGCAAGAAGCGGACUUGUGAUGAAGUUGGUCUCCAAUCUACGACAAACGGACAUGUCAAGAAAAAAAUCAGAGAAGCUGCUAAUGCCGAGGGCGAGUCCCGAAGAAAAAAGAAGAAAGGAGGGAAUAGAUAGAGACCUGGUGCAGUCUAGCAAUUGCCACAUAAUUGAUUCGUAUUAUCUUACAGAACAUGCCUUCGUCAUAGUCAUCUGAGUGGUCCGCGACCACUCAUUAGUUCUUCCUUUCCAUGGCAAAUGACUCGGAGAUGGUACACUGUAGCUACGUAGAUAGUUCAGAUCUUCCUCUAUACCAUCAUCGAUCCCACGAUCCAGAGGACAAGCCAAUGAGGGAGCCAAUGGAGGAAUCCGAAAAUACGAGACUUGCCCCCCAGUGUCAUGUAACUUGGAGGA